AUGUAUCUGCGCUUCUCAGACAGAACAAGAUGCAAGACGCUCCACUUAUCCACUGCGCUGGAGGACUGGGACAUGGCGGAGGAGAUGAAGCAGUGCACCACUAUUGACCAGUACUUUUUUGGUGCUGAAGAGAAGGUGGACCGCUACUCUUUAAAAAGACAAGCUAGCAUGGAGACGUCACCGGGCAGAUCAGAGGAAGGAUCUCCACAGGAAAGCACUUUUCAUCCUUCCCUAUGGCUGGUUGUAGACCCGAAUGUUGUAAUCCCAUGCCCUGAGGUGUCUUCACCUCCUGUGCCUCGCAUAACCCCGUCCUGUAAAUCCUUCAACCCAAAUGUCAAGACGCGGCCUAGUGUUGACCGUACAACCAUGGACGAUUCGGAUGAUGACGCUCUAACAUCCAGCAGUGAACUGUGUACAGAAGAUGACCACUGCUAUAUCCCCAGCCCAUCCGCUCGCCUCCGGAGAAUGAGCACCCAAGUCAAGUACAGCAAGGGUCAAAUACAAAAAACUGCGUAUGAAACCUGGCCUCGUCCCCCUAUCAAUUAUUGCAAUUUGAUAUCGCUGGCUCUACGCAACAGCGAGGACGGCAGCCUAAACGUACAACAAAUCUACAGUUUUGUCAGAGAGCAUUUCCCAUUCUUCCGGGUGGCUCCAGAUGGCUGGAAGAACACCGUCCGUCACAACCUCUGCUUUAGCAGCAGUUUUGAGAAGAGCGCGGGGUGGGUCUGUGCCGAUGGACACCGGCGUUCCUGUUUGUGGAAGCUAACCCGACAAGGAAGAAGGAAGUUCCGAGCGGAAAUGCAUUCCCUGUCAGAUGAGCUGCUGCACGUGUUGCGCAGGAGCAUGAACAAACCAGACAGCAGGUUCCCAGCUGAGCUUUUGGAGAAGACACUUAAACUGGAGCUGAGCGGUGUCAAAUCAGCAGAGUCUGGAGAUGUGAAGACAGCUGUAAAGAUGUUCACGGAGGCUAUUGCGCUUCUUCCGGAUCGGCCGUCUGCACACAACAACCGCGCUCAAGCCCUGCGACUGGAGGGCGAUGUGACAGGGGCGCUGCAAGAUCUGAACCGUGCAGUGGAGCUGAGUAAAGGAGUGGGUAUUGCAGGACGUCAGGCUCUAGUCCAAAGAGGACUGAUCUUACGCCUAAAAGGAGACAACGAAGCCGCCAGAGAAGACUUUCAGAGAGCUGCAAAGCUGGGAAGUGACUUUGCCAGGCAGCAGCUAGUCCUGCUAAACCCCUAUGCUGCUCUCUGUAACCGCAUGCUGAGGGACAUGGUGCAGAAGCUGCAGGAGCCAGACCUGCAGGAGUGCUGACAGUCUGAGGACCGGGAUUCGGCUCGCUUCACAGAGGAGCAGAUGUUACAAUGAAGCAGAUAUUCACGCUCUAUUAUACAGAGAAACUGCAUAUAUUACAUAUAUAGUCUUUUAGGACCUGCAAUCAUGUGACCUGCUUCUCCAAAGGUCCCCUGCACACAUGUAUAUGUAGGAAUUAUUGUGCACCAUGGAUUUAUAGGAAAACUGCUAUGUACAACACCAAACACAUACAUGUCUGCAGAACGGCAGGGCUGGAAGCUAAAUUGCCGCCUCACCACCUGCAGUCCUCCUGAGGCCACUGCCUCACUGCGCCUCAUGAGCCGUGCGCCCUUAGUUAGUGGACAUGGCUAUAUAACACAUUUUGUCUGCAAAAAUAAGUCAUUAUCUAAAAAUUUUACUACGAUUUGCGAGAUAGAAAUACCCCUUAAAUGAGCACUUACUGUAGAGUCAUAGCUAGGCGUUCCUUUACAUGGGGCAAAGAUUUAAAGGGAUUCUGUCAUGAGAUUUUAGCCCUA